CUGAUGGCCCGCCCGUGCCUCCUCCCCUUCCUGCUCGCCGCCGCGGCGGUGCUCUCGUGGGCGCCCGGCGGCGCGCUCGCCAAGUCGAAGUUGGCCAAGAAGAGCGACGACAUCGUCAACGGGCCCCUCCUCACCGAAAAGAUCAAGGCGAAGCGUACGCUGAUUGUCGGCCCGGACGAGGAGUUCAAGACCGUGCAGUCCGCCAUCGACGCCGUGCCUGCCGGCAACUCCGAGUGGGUCAUCGUCCACCUCCGCUCCGGCGUCUACAGUGGGAAAGUCGUUAUCCCGGAGAACAAGCCGUUCAUCUUCGUGAGGGGCAAUGGCAAGGGCCGGACCUCCAUCUCCCACGAGUCCGCCUCCCCCGACAAUGCCGAGUCCGCCGCGUUCACCGUGAACGCGGACAACGUCAUCGUCUUCGGCAUCACAUUCAGGAACAGCGCCCGCGCCGGGCUGAUCGCCAACUCGGAGAUCCGCACGGUGGCGGCCAUGGUAGCCGGCGACAAGGUGGCCUUCUACCACUGCGCGUUCUACAGCCCCCACGACACCCUCUUCGACAGCGCCGGCCGCCACUACUACGAGAGCUGCUACAUCCAGGGCAACAUCGAUUUCAUCUUCGGCGGCGGCCAGUCCAUGUUCCAGUGCCCGGAGAUCUUCGUGAAGCCCGACCGGCGGACGGAAAUCCUGGGGUCCAUCACCGCGCAGAACCGCAAGGAGGAGGACAGCGGCGGCUUCGUGUUCCUCAAGGGCAAGGUGUACGGCGUCGGGGAGGUGUACCUGGGCCGCGUCACCGACCCCCUCUCGCGCGUCAUCUUCUCCGACACCUACCUCUCCAAGACCAUCAACCCCGCCGGGUGGACCAGCUACGGCUACGCCGGCAGCACCGGGAACGUGAUGCUCGCGGAGUUCAACUGCACGGGGCCGGGCGCCGACGCGUCGAAGCGCGCGCCGUGGUCGCGGCGGCUCACCAAGGACGAGGCGUCCAAGUACCUCACCGUCGACUUCAUCAACGGCAAGGAGUGGCUGCCGGCGUACUACUACUGAUGGGACGGACUGAACAUGUACAUGUAUUGGAAACUUGUGGUAAUCUUCUUCCAUGCUACUCUGUGAAAGAUUACAGAUUACACGGUUCCUAUCUUUGGCUAUCCUAACUAUGGCAACAACCUGAGGCUCACCAUAUACUUUACAAGUAUAACAGAUUUGUCUA